AUGGGGAUCCAAGGUUUGCUCCAGUUUAUCAAAGAGGCAGCUGAACCUACUCAUGUAAAGAAGUACAAAGGACAAGUAGUUGCUGUAGACACUUACUGCUGGCUGCACAAAGGGGCCUAUGCAUGUGCAGAAAAACUAGCAAAAGGAGAAGCCACAAACCAAUACGUAGUUUAUUGCAUGAAACUUGUUGAUAUGCUUUUAUCAUUUGAAGUUAAACCAAUUCUGGUAUUUGAUGGAUGCACUCUGCCUUCAAAAAAGGAAGUUGAAAAAACAAGAAGGGAAAAACGACAAACAAAUCUCCUAAAAGGGAAACAGCUGCUCCGUGAAGGGAAAUUAUCAGAAGCAAGAGAAUGCUUUGCUCGCAGCAUUAAUGUUACACACGCAAUGGCUUGUGAAGUGAUUAAAGCUGCUCGAGCCCAAGGAAUAGAUUGUCUUGUUGCACCUUAUGAAGCUGAUGCUCAGUUAGCUUAUCUGAACAAAGCUGGCAUGGUUCAAGCUAUAAUUACGGAGGAUUCUGAUCUCCUUGCUUUUGGAUGCAAAAAGGUGUUCCUUAAAAUUGACAAGUUUGGAAAUGGCUUAGAAAUUGAUCAAGCUCGCCUCGGAAUGUGCAAACAGCUUGGGGAUGUCUUUACAGAAGAAAAAUUCCGUUACAUGUGUAUUCUUUCAGGUUGUGACUACCUUCCAUCCAUUCAUGGUAUUGGCUUAGGCAAGUCUUGCAAGCUGUUAAAGAUAGCCAAUAACCCAGAUAUUAUAAAGGUCAUUGGAAAAAUGGGACAGUAUUUGAAAAUGAACAUUUCAGUAUCCGAAGAAUACAUACAAGGAUUUAUUCGUGCUAAUAAUACUUUCCUCUAUCAGUUGGUUUUUGACCCAGUCAGAAGGAAACUUGUUCCUUUGAAUGCUUAUAAAGAUGAUGUUGAUCCAGAAACUCUAGUUUAUGCUGGAAAAUACUUUGAUGAUGGGACUGCUUUUCAAAUUGCACUUGGAAAUAAAGAUAUUUUCACAAUGGAGCAAAUUGAUGACUACGAUCCUGAUGUGUCACCGUCUGUACUACCAAGAAGCCGCAGCUGGGAUGUCAGUUACACUCAUGAGAAGUCAUCCUAUUUAAAGAGUAUUUGGAACCAGGACUACAAACCCUGUUUUACUGCAAAAAUUGUCACAAAUUCAACACCUUUGCUAGAGAAAUCCACAACCCGAGGACUUGAGCGGCUAAUUAAUUUAAAAGGACUCAAACUUCCCAGCAAAAUGCUAGUGGCAAAAAGACCGAGGCAUGAAGAAGCAUCAGAAGAAGAACUGUUAAGCCAGUAUUUUUCAAACUCAAAAAAAACCAAAACAGAAAAACUUGAUGAGAACCAGCAACUUUUUAGUGGAACAUCUGCAGUCUGUGCUUCCCAGGACGCAUGCAAAAAUAAGGACAAUUCUUGUGUUCAGCCCAGGCGUAGAAAUAAAUUUGCCACUAUUUUUCAGAAGGAGACUGAAAAUAGUGGUGCCGUGAUUGUUCCAGGAACCAGAAGCAGGUUUUUCUGCAACAUUGGAGAUUUGCCUGAGACUAUAUCAAAGAAUAAAACUGACCAGCCACUACAGGACAACGAGGCUGAUACUCCAGCUAAGGAAAUAAACAAAUUAACAGAACACCACAGUCUCUGUUCAUCGGAAACUGGUGAACUAGAACAAAUCUCAUCAACACCUGGGGUAGGACAGUCCAGCUGUUUCACUUGGUCUAAAAGCUUUGCAGAGAAAUCUUUGACUCCUAGCUUAUCACAAAGCAUAGCACUGCUAAAGCAGUAUCAAAGACCCAGUAAAGACACCGGUAAAGACUAUAGUGUAACUGGCUCACCAAGAACCUCACCAGCAAAUAAAGAGUCUGAUGAAGAGACAUCACUUUUAAAAGAACCACGGUGUUCCUCAAAAGAGAAUAUUGACAAGCUGUUGCAAAGCAAGGUGGAUACUUCAGAAAAAUCCCCAGUGGCCAAGAAAAAUGCUACUCCUGCCAAAGAAUCUGACAGCAGUCCAGAACCAAAUGAUAAUCUGAAUUCUCAGAUCCUUCCAGUUUCAGAAUGUAGUGAUAAUAAGAGCACAGUUUCCAAAAAUAUGAUUCCUGCAUUAUGUCGAACCAAUUCUCUAAAAUCUCCUAUGGUGGCAAAACAUAAAUUACUGAUACCUGCCAAAGUUAGUGGCUUAAGCAAGAAAAUAACAAGUAUAAAGAAAAAACAAGAUGCUGAAAACAAGUCAGGACUGCAGGUGAAAAUUAAUGAUCUCUGGAAGAGCUUCCAGUUCAAAAGACAAUCAGAAAUACUACCUUCCUGUAGAAAAUCAAAACCAUUGUCUCCAAUUAAAGAUAACAAUAACCAACUCCCUCCAGACACAUGUGAUGAAACUUUUGAUAAGUGCAAUGGAAAAUAUUACAGUGAAGUGGUACUGCAGAUCUGAGCAAUUCUGUAAUCCCUGUAUAAUUUCUGCAUGGUUUUAGAAUAUUUCUG